GCGGACUGAGCCAAAAUGAAUGGAUUACAAAGAAAAAAAAUAUUGCAUUAAAUCAAGGAAGAAGUGGCAAGAGACUCCAUUCAAUGCCUGUUAGUGCAUCGAUAAACAUUUCUUCAUCUUCGGGAAAGCAUCGAAUAUUAUGAAGAUCUUCGCCCUCGUACUCUUGGCUCUUGGUCCAAUCUUCGGGAUCGCCAGAGGAGAUGCAAUGGAUGGACUAGUUCGACUAAAUAAUAGAGGUUCGACAAACACAAACGCCGGCAUUGUGGAGGUCUACUACCAAGGGAUAUGGAGAACAGCUUGUGCAGCUCCAUACUGGAACUCCAACGCCGCUACGGUCGUAUGUCGUCAACUUGGAUUCACUGCUUCUGCCGACGUUGCGAACCCAGGGGAUUACUACAGCGAAAGCGUCAAUCAGCCAACCCACACGCUAUUGGAUGAUGGCCUGUAUUGUAGUGGUACCGAACAGUUCAUUGCAGAUUGCAUGGAAGAGAGGCCGGAUAUUGGAGAAAGGUGCCCCAACGGAGAGGAAUUCGCAGCUGCUAACUGCGCAGAAAACAAGAGGGCAGAAGGCUAUGAAGAUCUCAAACUUCGGGCUGCCCAACUUCUUCUUAACCUUUUCCAUGAGACUAAGAAGUAGUUUCCUUCACCUUCUGAUCAGAUGGCGACAUAAAUGUGUUGGAGGAUAGAUCCAGUCUCAAUUCAUAUUUUAAAUCCUAUAGAUGGAUCGAUCGAAAAUGAUUUUAAAAUUUACAAAUUUUUAGAUUCAGCAAUUUGGCUUUUAUUCUAUUUUUUUAAUGGUUGGUCCCCUUGAAUUGCUUUUCAUUCUAUGUAUUAAAGAGAAGAUUAUGUUGUUUGUAGAGGCCUAAUAAGUGAUUGUUUUUGCAUCUAAUACUCUCAUUAUUAGUAUAGGCAUUACAUUCGUUUUGAAUGUUUGCAAGAAAAAAAUAGUAGUAAAUUUCAUUUAUAUCGGAAUAUUAGUUUUACUAUUCAUGAUUGUUUUGAUAUAUAUAUUUACAUGAAAUAUGUCGGGCUAUCGUGGAAAAAUAUGAUGACCACUCGGAAAAAGAGCAUAUGUCUAAGUAUGUAAUUAUGUCGUGGAAUAAAAUCGCUGAAAAAUUGCAUAAUAUAUAAAUUUUGCAGCAAUUCGUAUGUUAGUAAUACAGUUAACCAUCUUGUUGAUGAAGGGUGAAAUAUAUUACGGCUAUCCUACACGUGCUGCCGCACUAGGCAAACCUACAUAUCUUAUUAGGUCUGAUAUAUGCAGCAACUGUUGGCAAGCGAUUUCGUAUGCAUAUCCCUUUGCUUGUGCUUAAACUCAUUUAAUUUGCUAGCGGUUUGAACAAUAGCAACGUCACUCUGCAGCGCGCUGGAGCGAACACGACUCAUAGAACUAUACUGGAAUGCAAAAGGGUGGCGGUGCAAAAUGUCGUGUCUCUCAUGUAACAUAUUUUCCUCAUAAGCGGUGUUAAACUAUUCCUUUGAAUUGUGUGUUAUUAAUGACUGUAUAUAGUUGACAUUCGGUUUGCACAAGCAAUGAAGAAAUCAUGUACAUGUAGGCUACUGUACAACUUUGGAUUCUCUUUCAGAUGCAUAAACCUGAUUAUAUGACGCGAACGUCCUGGGCCCCGUUGCAGAAAGAGUUGCAAUCAAUCGCAACUCUAAAAAUCAUGCGUAACUUGAUUUUUAAGCAAUCAACAACGCGCAUUUGGGACUGGUGAUUGAUUUUUUUUUACUAGCUUUUAAACGCAACUCUUUCUUCAACAGGCCCCUGAUCAGGUAAACGCUCAAGCUUCUCUGACGGAGCUUGGAAAUACCAAAGCAAAUACUUAAACGCACAAGCAGAGUGUUUGCUUUAUAGCUUAAUCGUCCAGCAAAUUCUAACAGGCAGUUAGCAAUUGCUUUAGCUUACCAGCAAAAGCAUUUUGCAUGCUCAUUUUUAUGCAUAAGGAAUCUAGCGAAAGCCAAGCAAAUGCCUAACAAAAAGCAAUUGCUACUCACUUUUCAUGCAUCCGUCCCAUUUUCUUUCCGCAAUCACUACGAAGACGCUUUCUAUACAACGUACUACAUGCAACAAGUCAAAUCACAAAGACAGCUGAAAAGGAUUUUGUAGAAAAAAAAAUAAAAGUGGUGGACCGAGACAGUAGAUCGUCCGAAAAUCAGCGACCUGAUUCCAGGACUACACCGUUGGUUUGAUUCACCGAUUUUA